AUGGUAGGAGGAAAGCAAGCUACUGCCUCCAAGAGAAAACCAAGUGCUGCAAUUUUAAAUGGUGAGGGCUCAGUUGCACUGGUUCCGGUAUCACAAGAUGCGGUACCUAUCAACUGUGCUCCUAUUGUGUCAUCCUACAACGACAAAAUCCGUCCCCUCCUCGAUGCGGUUGACAAGCUCCGUAACUUGAUGGUAAUAGAUGAAGGCAUUCAGCUCCCAACAAUUGUGGUGGUUGGGGACCAAUCAUCUGGAAAAUCCAGUGUCCUCGAAUCUUUGGCUGGCAUCAGCCUCCCUCGGGGUCAAGGUAUCUGCACAAGGGUACCUCUGAUAAUGAGGCUGCAGCACCACUCAAGCCCUCAGCCAGAGCUUUCAUUGGAGUACAAUGGCAGAAUUGAUCCUACUGAUGAAGACAACAUCUCCGACGAUAUUGUUAAGGCAACUAAUGCUAUUGCAGGGGGAGGGAAGGGAAUUUCUAACACCCCAUUGACGCUGUUAGUGAAGAAAAAUGGUGUUCCUGAUUUGACUAUGGUGGAUUUGCCUGGGAUCACUAGGGUCCCAGUUCAUGGUCAGCCUGAAAAUAUUUAUGACCAGAUCAAAGACAUGAUCAUGGAGUAUAUAAAGCCAGAGGAGAGUAUCAUUUUGAAUGUGUUGUCUGCAAGUGUUGAUUUUGCUACCUGUGAAUCGAUUCGAAUGUCGCAGAGUGUGGAUAAGACUGGGGAAAGGACGCUGGCUGUGGUUACGAAAGCUGACAAGGCACCUGAAGGACUUCUUGAGAAGGUUACUGGCGAUGACGUCAACAUUGGACUUGGUUAUGUCUGUGUGAGGAAUCGCAUUGGAGAUGAAACGUAUGAAGAGGCACUGGCCAUUGCUCAUGAAUUAUUUCAGUCUCAUUCUCUGCUGUCGAAGAUCAACAAAUCUAUUGUCGGUAUUCCAGUUUUGGCGCAAAAGUUGGUGCAAAUUCAAGCUAACAGCAUCGCAAGAAACUUGCCGGAAAUUGUGAAGAAGAUUAAUGACAAGCUGAAUUGCUGCCUUUCUGAACUGAAUACAAUGCCAAAGAGUCUUUCGUCUGUUGCUGAGGCAAUGACUGCUUUCAUGCAGAUCAUUGGCAUGGCUAAAGAAUCUCUUAGGAAGAUUCUUCUGAGAGGAGAAUUUGAAGAGUACCCUGAAGACAGGCGCAUGCAUUGCACUGCUAGAUUGGUUGAGAUGCUCAAUCAGUACUCAGAUGCACUUCACAAAUGUGAUGAAAGUGACCCUAAGAUGAACUUCUUGGUUGAAGAGAUCAAGAUAUUGGAGGAAGCAAAAGGUAUAGCUCUUCCAAAUUUUCUUCCUCGCAAUGCUUUUCUUACUAUCUUGCAGGGAAAGGUGAGGGGAAUUUCGAGCAUACCAAUUGGGUUUGUGGAGCAGGUGUGGAGUUAUGUUGAGGAAGUGGUUAUUUCUGUGUUGAUGCGGCAGUCAGAAAAUUAUUAUCAGCUUCAACUAUCAGCGAGGCGUGCUGGACAUAAUCUGAUGGCUAAGAUGAAGGAAAGGUCGAUAAAGUGGAUGAAGGAAAUUGUGGACAUGGAGAAGCUUGCGGAUUAUACAUGUGAUCCGGAGUAUGCUACUGAAUGGAACAGGCUGAUGUCUCAUCAGAAUGCUUUCAUAGAUGGGGUGUUAAAUGAUGAGAAACGCCCUUCUGUUGUAGCUAUAGAAGGUAUUGGGGAAGUGGAGGUUCGUGUUUUGAGGCAGUUCCCUCAUGUAUUAGGUCAAGCUUUUGAUCUGAAAAUGAGGAUGACUGCUUAUUGGAAGGUUGUUUUAAGGAGGUUUGUUGACUGUAUGGCGCUGCAUUUGCAGCUGUCUGUAUCCAACCUGGUGAACAAGGAAAUUGAAGCUGAGAUUGUUAAUGAGUUGAUGGGUCCUUACGGUGGUGGCAUUGAGAGAAUGUUAGAGGAGUCGCCGGCUGUAGCGGUGAAGCGUGAGAAACUUAAUAAGAGUAUCAAGAAGUUGAGAGACUCCAAGGAGGUUGUAGCGAAGAUCAUGGACAGCAUCAAUUCUUAUGGCGAUUAA